CCAGCGGGAACCAACGGGAACCAGUCAGCGUGUGGCUGAAUAAUCCGACAAACGUCAUAUUUCGUUUGGCCCGAGUUCCCGAACUUUCAUUUACGGAACCUAUACACCUCGCCAUUGCGAUCACACCAUCCUACAUACCAAACACACGAUUCAUAACUAUACAAAAGAUGGCCUCAAGCGCAAUCCCACGUUCUGCCAUGCGCAGCCUAUCCCGAGCGACGCCGUCUCUACGCUCCGCAACACCGCGCAUUGCCACGAGAUGUCUGCACCAGCAAUCAUCGCCCAUCACAGCCUCGAGACUGCAACAUAGACCAACCGCACAGCCAUGGAGCCAAAGAGUAGCAGCUCCAUCAGCGACAGUCGCGCGACGAACCAUGUUCAUCCAAACCGAGCCCACACCAAACGCCGAUGCCCUAAAGUUCAACCCCAACCAGCGCGUCCUCCCUGAAACAAUCUCCUCCCCCUUCCUCGAAUACCUAAACCCACGCUCCACACUCGCGCCACCACACCCCUCCCCACUCGCCGCGCAACUCCUCAACAUCGACGGCGUAACCAGCGUCUUCUUCGGCGCCGACUACAUCACCGUAACGAAGGACACCUCCACACCCUGGUCGCAUGUGAAGCCCGAAGUCUUCGCCCUCAUCAACGAAUACAUGACGUCCGGCCAACCCAUCGUCAACACCAUCGCCGCCAAAGCAGGUGAGCAAGGCCAAGGCGGCCAAGAAGCCGAUUCCCUCGCCUACGACGAAAACGACGACGAAGUCAUCGGCAUGAUCAAAGAGUUGCUAGAUACCCGCGUCCGCCCCGCUAUCCAAGAAGACGGCGGCGACAUUGAGUUCCGCGGCUUCAACGACGGGCAGGUCAUGUUGAAGCUGAGGGGUGCGUGCCGGACCUGCGACUCUAGUACUGUGACGCUCAAGAACGGGAUUGAGAGCAUGUUGAUGCAUUAUAUUGAGGAGGUUAAGGGCGUGCAGCAGGUGCUGGAUCAAGAGGAGGAGAUUGCGUUGCAGGAGUUUGCUAAGUUUGAGGAGAAACUUAGGCAAACGAAGGGGCCGGAUGCGACGAAGGGGACGGUGGGGAAGGGAAGCUUGGAUUAUGUUGAGUAGGUUAGAAAAGAAGGUUGUUGGAGUGGAGGGCUGGGUUUGAGUUGCAUGUGCGAAUAGAGAUACCAAUGCAUUCGUUAUGCGGCUGGAAUUGGUGGUUAAAAUGAUUGUGAUAUGUCGUAUGGUUCUGGACAGCAUAUAUCUAUAUGUCAGACGAUCGCAAGCAGAUGUGUCAUGCCACCAUCAAGUCUACAAGAAGGGUCAUGA